UACGUUAGUUCACCAUUGCUAUAACUGCGACGUCAAUUGCAUUCGUAUGGAAAAUGUAAAACAAGAUUUAUAUUAAACAUAGUUUGACUUGGAAAAUAAAUAUUUAAAGGCAUCAAUAGCAAUAGUCUAUACACGAUUUAUGGGAAACAGAUUGGGGAAGGCGUGUGGGCCCCCACCUAACAAGGUUCAACUGAGAAACGGUGACACAUCGCACAAGACUGCCUCAAAUGGUCGCAUGGAUGUGGGCAAAUAUGUUUCUACAGUGCGACAGCUUCCUGUACCUAGGAUAAGUCUCAGACCCGGCAGGCGACCAAAACUAACUGACUCGGAUAUGCAGAUUUUGGUCGUGGAAGAUACUGAGCAAGACAGCAUAGGCGAACGAUUGAUAGAAGAAUUGAGAGCACGCGGAUUUUCCAACCGAAAAGGCGAAAACAUUAGUAAAAAAGACUUGCCCGCUGACGACUCCAGUGCUCCAAAGGCUCAACAAGCAGAUGAUAGCAGCCUCCGAGAGGUACCGAGUGCAGACGACCGUUGGUCCAACGCCGAAGAUAAAGCGUUCAUUGAUGACAAAGUGUUUGAUGAACCACGGUCAUACUAAAACUGUUAGUGGCAGACACGUCAACAUUUUGCAUCGGCAAAAGCAUUCAUGUGGCUCAGUUUUGUUUUUUGGCUUGAAACAAACAUGUUGUAUUUGUUGUUCUUGUCUUUCUUUUGAUAAAUAAAUGCUAUGAUGGUUUCUUUA